AUGAAGACAGAUGCAGCGGAUGACCAAGACGUACUAUAUGUGCCUUACCUUGCUCAAAGUUUUCCACGGUGCUUGCUGUGUCCGCCUUCUUCUCAGUUGAACCAUGACGGUUUCCUCCGCAGAGUCCGCCGGUGCACGGUCUUUACAUGUGUUAUAGCAAAUCCUUCAAGCCAACAACAGCGCUUUAAACUUAGACUUGAUAAAAAAGAUCUGCAGCAGAGUGUUCCUGAAUCUCUUUCAAAAAAUGCAGCUGAUGAUAGGGAAACACAGGAAAAGAUGGAAAGAGUUGAUGAUGAGGGCCAUGCGAUUCAAGCAUCAAACAGUGGAAAAAUAUCAUACCAACAUGAUACCAACAUUAUAACUACCUCAUCCCAUGAACCACAGGGGGCAACAUCACCAGAAUCAUUAGUAGAUGUUAAAAAGGAAAACAAAGAUAUUCCUGAACCAAAUAAUUCAUCAAUUUCUGGAAAUUUGCAGAUUGAUACAAAAAACGUUUCAGAAUAUCCAGAUAAAAAAAUAACCAUGACUGACUUUGCAGGACAGUGUUCAUAUUAUGCCUCACACCAGAUUUUUCUGAGUCCUCGAGCGUUCUUCAUUCUGGUGCUGAAUAUGGAGAAGAAGUUUGAUGAUAAGGUUGGAGAAGAAGUGUGUUGUCAGGAAGGUUCUGUUUACGGGGGAUGGACACACAGAGAUUACCUUGAGUUCUGGAUGAAGUCCAUACACCAGUACAGCAGUGAUGAGGCUCCUGUCAUCCUGGUUGGUACACACUCUGAGAACAAAACAGAAAAGGAAAAAGCAUUGUUUUUCCGAGAAGUAUGGAAGACUCUUGACAUGAAGAAGAAGUCUUUGCAAAAACAUAUUGAUGUGAAGAGACAAUUUGCAGUUGGAUUCCAUGAUAAUGAAAGCAUUGAAAAACUCAAGCUGUCCAUUGCUGAUGUCGUUUGCAAGCUUGAUCACUGGGGUGAAGAGCUUCCACAGUCAUGGGCUAUGUUUGAAACAUUCUUUCGGGAAGAAAGAAUCAACAAGAUUUUGAGUAGGGGUGAACUUGAGUCUUUCAAUGAAACAUUGCCAGAGGGAAUAAAGCUCAAUGCUAUUGAAGAUGUUGAUGCCAUGCUACAGUUCUUCCAUGACAUCAGAGAAAUUAUGAACUUCAAUCAACAAUUCCUCAAUGAAGUUAUUAUUCUCGAUGUUCAAUGGUUUGCAGAUGCAUUUAAAAAUGUCAUUACAGAUAAAAACCAUGCAAAAGAAGAUUUAUUUGAAUUUGCUUCAGAAUGGGACAAAUUCAAUGAAACUGGAGAGUUAGACGAACCUCUCCUAUCUGCUAUAUGGCAAAUGAACAACAAUGGUUACAUUGAACAUAAAGAGGACAUCAUGAUGUACAUGGAGAAGUUAGGACUCUUAGCUAAAAUAAGCGACAAAACAUGGUAUGUCCCAUGUAUGAACAAGAUGCAAUUUCCAGUAGACUGCUUCUCAUCAUACCCUGCCUCCUCCAUCCUCUGCUACACAUUUGAUGUUCUUCCUGUGGAAAUUUUCCAUCGCCUUGUAGCAACGUGCAUGCAGAUUCCUAAUUGGGAGAUUUUUACAGAUGAAGAAAGGGGAUGCAUUUACCAGACUGCAGCUAUUUUUAUGUUUCAUGACCAGUACCAUAACGUCAUGCUUGGAAUGACUCAAACAGAAAUUCAGUUGCAAGUGUUUGUUGUGGAGGGAGAAGUUGAUGUUUCAACUUGUCACAAGAUUAGAGAAAAUGUUGAGCACAUAUUACACUCCCUCUCCAACACAUUUCAAAAAAAGUCAGAUUUCCAGGUUGCAUUCAAAAGCAAAUGUACUGGAUUCUGCGAUCACAAAGAAAGUGCUGUCAUCAGUCAAUCUAAGUUUAUGAUAGAAACUUUUCAGUGCCCAUCCUGUCCAAGAAACAAAAAGCAUCUUAUCAACACAGAAGACAUAACAAAAUAUUGGAAACAGGUAUUGUUAGUGAUACGUUAAAAAUUAGUAAAUUUAAUGCUAUAAAUUGUAUAUCACAAAAUAUUAGAUUAUUUACAUAAAAAGAUAUCAAAAUUCAAUGGAACACUAACUUUUGUGUUGUAUUGAGCCAAAUGCUAAAAUGAGCCUUUCUGAUCAAUAUUUGUCCGUCGUUGUCGUAUACUUUUCACAUUUUCUACUUCUUCUCAAGAACCUCUGGGCCAAUUUCAACCAAACUUGCCAAAAAGUAUUCUUGGGUAAAGAGGAUUCAAGUUUAUUCAAAUGAAGGGCCAAUCCCUUUUCCAAGGGGAGAUAAUGAUGAAUUAAUGAAAAAUUAAUUGCAUCUUUUAAAAAUCUUCUCCAGAACCAUUGGGCCAGGAAAGGUGAAACUCGUGUGGAAGCGUUCUCAGGUAUGUAAGUUCAAGUUUGUUCAACUCUUGACCCCCUGUGGAGGAUGGGGCCACAAUGGCUAUUCAAAGUCUUACCAAGGAAUAUAUAGGAAUUAUUUUUAAAAAAAUUUCUUCUCCAGAACCAUCAGAGCAGCAAAAAUGAAAUUCAUGUGAAAGCAUCAUCAGGCCUUGUAGCGUACAUUCAAGUUUGUUCACAUCAUGACCCCCGGGGAUAGGGCGGGGCCACAAUUGCUGAUCAAAAGUUUUUCGUAGAAAUAUAUAGGAGAUAUCUUUAAAAAAAAGCUUCUCCAGAACCAUUGGGCCAGGAAAGAUGAAACUCAUGUAGAAGCAUCCUCAGGUAGUGUAAAUUCAAGUUUUUUUUUUUUUCAAAUCAUGACCCCCAGGGGUAGGGCGGGGCCACAAUGGCUGAUCCAAGUUUUGCAUAGGAAUAUAUAGGGAAAAAAAUCUUUAAAAAUCUUUUCCAAAUCCAUAGGACCAAAAAAGAUGAAACUCGUGUGGAAGCAUUCUCAGGUAGUGUAUAUUCAGGUUUGUUUAAAUGAUGACCCCUUGGGGGUAAGGCGAGCCCACAAUAGCCGAACAAAUUUUUACAUAGGAAUACACAGGAAAAUUAUUUUCAAAUCGUCUUUCCAAGAUCAGCAAAGCUAUGAUUGGUGAUAUUAAUAUGGAAACAUCCUCAUUUAGAGUUAGUAAGAGUUUGUUUAUAUCAUGCCCCCUAGUGGUAAGGUGUGGCCAUAAUGAGCAAUCAAAUCUUUACAAAGAAAUAUUAAUGAAAAAUCCUUGAAACUCUUCUUCUCAAGUAUGGCAUAAUUAUACAUGUAUGUUUUAUUGAUAAAGUGACAUUCUCAAGUAAAAAAAACCAAAUCUCUUCUCCCCAAACAAGUAGACUUUUCAAUAUUGAGCUGAUUUGUGUUUUUUAACUAGCCCAUGUGCUCAGGUGAGUGGUGUGGCCCAUUGGCCUCUUGUCCUAGUAAUACAAUCAUACGUUUAUUAAAUGACAUAUCAAAAGGAUUUUUGAAUUGGUCACAGAAGACCAGUAGUCUCUUAAAUCGGGGAAUCAUAUUUUUGACAUUCUAUUAAUCGUGUUAAUUUUGAAAGAUUCAUGCGUGAAUUUUUUUUAAAAAUGUAUACAUACAUUUACAUGAACUUGUUUGUGCACAUUAGCAGAAAGUCAAAGUGGUAUUUUCUGAUCAAUUUUAUCUCUAGUUUGUCUCUCUGUCUUUUAAUGAACAUUAUACCACGAUUAUUGUCCAGAUCAAAGAAAUACCGCGACAAUAUUUUCCAAUAAACCACGAACGUCAUAGAAAAUUAUCAGAUCAGAAACAUGUAUCAAACUUGAACAAUUCAAAUGCAUGUUUGGCUGUAAAAUGAAAUACUUGAAGUUGUUUAGACCACAUCGAUGUAUUGUCUUUUGCAAUAUAAACACUGUAAAUUGCAUAAAGUUGCUAAUGAAUGUUAGUUUU